AUAAAUGAAGUGUAUUUUAUAUUUCUGUUGUCAGACAACCAAAUAAACCAAGCAUAUUUUAUAUUACAGAUAAACGAAGUAUAUUUUAUAUUUCUAUUGUUAGAUAAACCAAGUGUAAAGAUAGAACCUGAAGUAUCUGGUAACUAUAAAAUAAUAGAAGGUAAUACAGUAGAAUUAAAGUGUAUUGUAACUGAUGCUAAUCCUAAUGGUAGUUUGAGUUAUAAAUGGUAUAAAGAUACAACAACUACUCCUACAGGACAAGUUGGUUCUACAGUUCAAAUAUCACAGAAAGGAAUAUAUACAUGUUCUGUUUCUAAUGGAAUUGGUACACCAGGAAUAUCAGAUUCUAUUACUAUAGAUGUUUUAUUUCUACCAAGAGUUACCCUGAUACCACAAUAUAGUAUUAUAGAAUCUAAUACCCUCACUAUACCCUGUAUAGCUACAUCUAAUCCUGUACCUAAUAAUUAUACUUGGUCCGGACCUAAUAACCUGUUCCAAUCUCAACAGAAUUUAACUAUAUCUAGUAUCAAUAGAGAUCAAACAGGACAAUAUACAUGUACAGUUAGUAAUAUCAUGAUACCAACUACUGGUGGACAACAAACUAGUAUGGUAACUGAUGAUACAUUCGUUACAGUUUUGUCUGCACCAAAUCUGCCUAGUACCAUAACCAUUCAACCGCCACAAUCCAUAAUUUGUGUUGAGUGGACACCAGGAUUUAAUGGAGGAGCAUCACAAAGUUUUAUAGUUCAACAUUCUACUGAUGAUAAAAUAUGGGUCAAUUCGUCCACAAUACCAAAUGGUAUCAAUAAUGACCGAGUUGACUAUUGUAUAGAAGGAUUAGAACCAGAUACUAGUUAUUAUAUCAGAGUGAUAGCUAGUAAUAAAUAUGGUGAAAGUAUGACAGCUAGUUUUCUGGGAUUUAACAAGUCCGCCGACUGCAGUAAGAAUAUUAAUAGUGGUGACACCAAUGAUAUCAAUACUAGUUAUAACAAUGGACUUGGUGCUGGUAUUGGAAUAGGUGUAGGGAUAUCUAUAGCUAUAGCAGUGAUGGUUGCUACAGCAAUAUUUAUUUAUAGAUAUUGGUCAGGCAAACGAAAGAAAGAUGAAGAAAACUACGCUGGGAUUAAUACUACGACAAGAUCUGAUGACACACAAACAUACCAAGAAUUAGAUACAGUCAACAAUACAGCUAGAAUACAAUCAGAUAAUAGUUCUAAUGUUGAUAGAAACGAUGCUAAUAUAGAUGAUAUUAGACCAUAUGCUAAUCUUGGUAAAAGUUAA